UGCUGCUGCCUUCUUUUUCCGGCGAACUUGAUUGCUGUUGAACACAUUUUCGUGGCAUCAGCGUAAAGUUUUUCCAUUUUUAACCACAAUGGUUAAUCUACGUCAAAGAAAAAAGACCAGGAAACUGCGAGGUCAUGUCAGCCACGGACACGGUCGUAUCGGCAAGCACCGUAAGCAUCCGGGAGGUCGCGGUAAUGCCGGUGGCAUGCACCAUCAUCGGAUAAACUUCGAUAAAUACCACCCUGGUUAUUUCGGUAAAGUCGGUAUGAGGAAUUUCCACCUGAACCGUAACCACCAGUACUGUCCGACACUAAAUCUGACCAAGCUGUGGACUCUGGUCGGCGAGGAUAAGCGUAUUGAGUGCAAGAAGGACAAGACCAAGGUGCCAGUGGUGGAUCUGGUGAAAUUCGGGUACUUCAAACUGCUUGGCACGGGACACAUCCCCAAUCAGCCCAUUAUCGUCAAAGCCAAGUACUUUUCGCGCAAGGCAGAAAAUAAGAUUAAGAAGGCUGGCGGUGCCUGCAUUCUGAGGGCGUAAUGUAAGCCAACCAAAAACAACAUUCGUUUUUAUUAAGGCAGUAGGAAAGAACAGAAACUCGAAGCGGUGAAAAUAUACGGAAGAGUUGGUGAGAAAAAAUGAUUAAAUUUA